AUGGGUUUCAGAGUAACUAUUUUCUUGUGGUUUGUGCUUCUCAUUUCAGAAAGAAACGUUUGCUUUGCAGCUCAAACCUUGCUGCUUCCUGGCUUCAAUGACACCCUCAACCAAACCCCAAGAGAACAAGUGACAAGUGCGCAGCAGGGAACGCAUCCUUCUCCUGUCACUGUUCGCUUGAGGACUUACCAACUCAGAAACACUGUUGCACUACCCAACAAACAAAGCCUGCCUGGGUCUGCUGAGGAAACAAUGCAAACUCCAAAAAACCUGCUGGAGGCCGAGGCCAUGCUUCCAUCAGUGCUCCUGCAGCAAAGGAAAAAUGUUCAAGAUCAAGACUUAGCCCAGGGUCCAAAUCUGAGCCUCUCCAGUCCUGACCCUGGCAGAAAAGGAUCUAAGGUGGUGCUGAAGUCCAAACAGCCAGAGCGUGCACCAGCAGAGAGUGUGUCAGUCCGCUGUGGUGAAGAUAAGGUCACUGUAGCGGUCAACAAGAACUUUCUAGGUAAUGGUCAGUUGAUCCGUCCUGAUGAUCUGAGCUUAGGAGGCUGCAUGGCAGUUAAUGCUGUGGACAACGUUCUGCUCUUUGAGACAGAGUUACAUGGCUGUGGAGGCACAGUGACGAUGGUGGAUGUGGCCCUUAUCUACACAUAUACACUGACGUACUCUCCAACCCCUGUCGGUAACACCUCUGUUCUAAAGACAAACCCGGCUGAGGUGGAAAUCCGCUGCUACUUUCAAAGGAAACAUUACGUGAGCAGCAACGCCAUGAGGCCACUGUGGAAGACGUUCGCUUCUGAAAUGCAGACAAAAACGAGGCUGCAGUUCUCGCUGCAUCUCAUGACAGACGACUGGCAGUCGGUCAGGCCUUCCAAUGUCUAUUCUGCACUUGACAUGAUGCACAUCGAGGCGGCGUUGCUGCAGGGUUACCACGUUCCUCUGAGGAUCUUUGUGGACAGCUGCGUGGUCACCGUGAACCCCGAUCCAGGAUCUCAGCCCAGAUAUCCCUUCAUCAACAACUACGGGUGUUUGACUGAUGCUAAGCUGACAGGAGCCCAGUCUUACUUCCUGCCGAGAAGGGAAGAGGAUAAACUUCAUUUCCAGCUGAAAGGCUUCAGGUUCAAAGAAGAUGACAGAAACUCAUUCUAUAUGACCUGUCAAAUGAAAGCAACCACAGCCGACGUUCCCAUUGACUCGCGACACAAAGCUUGCUCCUUCCUGACUGAAGCUGGAAGAUGGGUGGCAUCAGAUGGAGACAACAAGGUGUGUAGCUGCUGUGAGACCAGCUGCGGUGGGCAGAGACAGAAGAGAAGCUCUGAGGCAGAUGCAGCUGCUCAGAGGGAAGGGAUGGAAGUUCUAGGUCCCAUUUUUCUAGAAGACGGCGAGCUUCCUCCUGAACCAGUUCCUCGGUUGCAGACACAAGACGAAGCUCUAGCUGCCUCAUACUCAUCUACAGCCCUUCUGUGUGGAGCGGGUGUUGCUGUGGCCGUGGUGAUGGUCUUCGUGAGCGUCUUAGUCUGCAGCAGACACUCUAAACUCACUGGGCAUUCUGUUAGUACCUGA